AACACCAAAGGAGACAUCUGCAUCUAUCAUCCAACUCAGGCAUUAACGGCAUCAUUGCUUAUCGCUUGCUUGACAAUGCUUCUGCUGCUGAUAAGUCUCUUGCUGAUCAGCCUUACUCAUGGUGACCACUGUCCUCUUCAGCUCGACCCACAGAGAGUUGUUGUGAGAUACGGCGGUUCUGUUGAAGUUAACUGUAACACUUCAAUCGCCCAUAAAGGGAUGGGAUGGGAAGCCAGUGAGGGAGGAGUGCCUAUGACCAGUGACAGUCUGAUCACAUGGAGAGUGUCAGAACUGACAGAAUGGGACAUAAAGCCAUACUGUUACAUAAAUCCAACUAAAGGUGCACAGUGUCAAGUAGAGCUCCCAGUCACUGUUUACAAGACUCCAGACAGUGUGUCCAUCAGAACUGUGAUUCACAGAGGACCAAUGAUAGAGGGACAGCAGUAUGAGCUCCAGUGUGACGUUCAUAAUGUAGCUCCAGUUCAGAAUCUCACUGUCAAAUGGUACAAAAAUCAGACUCUGCUGAAUCAAACCACCUUCACUGACACUGACAAGACUCCAGUAAAUAAAACUGUCAGACUCCUGAUCCGUCCAGACAGAGCUGAUGAUGGAGCUCAAUACUGGUGUGAAGCAGAGCUGCAUCUGGGAGCAGAAGGACCUCAACCUCCUCCUAAAAAUUCAUCAAAACCUCUCAGCAUUACUGUAUAUUAUGCUCCAAUAAUUCAGUUUUGUAGAGAAUGGUCACCAUUGAAAGGGACCUCAUUGGAUUCAUAUCCUUUAAAUUUAUAUUCUGUUGAAGGUAACCCUCGUCCAGACAUCUCCUGGAGACAUAAAUCAUCACCUGUCAAUUCCUCUAUGCCUCUUACCAGAUAUUAUUCUGGUUUAUAUGAAAUCAUUGCCAGUAAUGACCUGAAUAAUGUCAGCUGUUUCAUGAACAUAAGAGUCGAGUAUCCUCCAGAACUGAACUGCAACAAGAGCUAUGAAGUAAAAGAAAAAACACUCUUCAAACUUCCUUGCAUAGCUGAUGGAUUACCAAAGCCUGAAUAUUUCCUCUACAAUAAUGGAAAAAUUAUCCAGCAUGACUUUUAUCCCAAUUGGAAUGAUAGUGGCUGGUAUCAAUUAACUGCACAUAACCAACACGGAACUAGUAAUUCUACAUUCACCAUCAACAUCCUACAUGCUCCAAUAAUUAAGUUUUGUAGAGACUGGUCUCCGUUGACAGAGACCUCAUUGGAUUCAUAUCCUUUAAAUUUAUAUUCUGUUGAAGGUAACCCUCGUCCAGACAUCUCCUGGAGAAAUAAAUCAUCACCUGUCAAUUCCUCUAUGCCUCUUACCAGAUAUGAUUCUGGCCUAUAUGAAAUCAUUGCCAGUAAUGACCUAAAUAAUGUCAGCUGUUUCAUGAACAUAACAGUCGAGUAUCCUCCAGAACUGAACUGCGACAAGAGCUAUAAAAUAAAAGAAAAAACACUCUUCAAACUUCCUUGCAUAGCUGAUGGAUUACCAAAGCCUGAAUAUUUCCUUCACAAAAAUGGGAAAAUUAUCCAGCAUGACUUUUAUCCCAAUUGGAAUGAUAGUGGCUGGUAUCAAUUAACUGCACAUAACCAACACGGAACUAGUAAUUCUACAUUCACCAUCAACAUCCUACUUGCUCCAAAAAUUCAGUUUUGUAGAGACUGGUCACCAUUGAAAGGGACCUCAUUGGAUUCAUAUCCUUUAAAUUUAUAUUCUGUUGAAGGUAACCCUCGUCCAGACAUCUCCUGGAGAAAUAAAUCAUCAUCUGUCAAUUCCUCUAUGCCUCUUACCAGAUAUGAUUCUGGCCUAUAUGAAAUCAUUGCCAGUGAUGACCUGAAUAAUGUCAGCUGUUUCAUGAACAUAACAGUCGAGUAUCCUCCAGAACUGAACUGCGACAAGAGCUAUGAAGUAAAAGAUAAAACACUCUUCAAACUUCCUUGCAUAGCUGAUGGAUUACCAAAGCCUGAAUAUUUCCUCUACAAAAAUGGGAAAAUUAUCCAGCAUGACUUUUAUCCCAAUUGGAAUGAUAGUGGCUGGUAUCAAUUAACUGCACAUAACCAACACGGAACUAGUAAUUCUACAUUCACCAUCAACAUCCUACAUGCCCCAGUGUUUCAUGACAGCCAAGAGAAAUUUGUUAUGGAAGAAGACAGCAAUUUAACGCUAGAGUGCUACACCACUGGUAACCCAGAACCUGAGGUGUGGUGGAGCUUCAAAAAUAGGAACAUUUCCACUGGGAGCCGCCACUUUAACAUUGAGAGAGCCAUGUCUACCAGUGCUGGAGUUUAUACAUGCAGUGCCACGAAUAAAUUUGGACGCAGUGACAAGACCUUCAUAGUGGAGAUAACAGGUUUGGACUACGUCUCUCCCAACUACAUUCUAAUUGUUGUAGUGGUAUUUGCACCGCUUGUUUUAAUCAUCAUUUUAGUGGUCGUAAUGUGGAGAAGGAGAAAAUCAAGUGGACAUUAUGAAAUACACUCAGAAAUGCAGCCGUUAAGCAAUGGGAGCCUUUAGUGAGUUUUAUCUUGUUUUAAUAGGUUGAAAUAUGCUUAAAAUUGAAAAAAGACAAAAUAUUCGG